CUGCGCUCUAGAAGCGGGUUCAGGGAAGUGUUGAGGGGGCGGAUUGUCUUGAUUUUCGCCGCAACGCGCUCAGCCAAUAACUUUUGUGCACAUCUCAGCUGGCAGACAUUUAAAAGGGAGACAGUCCGGCGCUGGUGCAAUUUGUAUUAAACCCCCACAUUGGCCCCCGUCUAUGGAGUCUCCCAGUUAUUCAGAGUAGAGACCAGGCGACCGCUGUAGGUGCAAGAGAAGCGAAAGACUGGCAGGAUCGCAUCAUUCUUCUUAAAGAGUUUGGAGAAACGCCCAGGGAUGGCCGUCUCAGCGCAUACACUGUGCAGUAUGGUUUUCAUCAUUGGGCUGCUGUCAUCUCCCGCGGAUUCAAAAAGAAACCGAGCCUCGCAAGGGGCCAUUCCUCAUCCUGACAAAAACAACCCAAACGAAUCGGAGAGGCAUCCACAGCCCCCGCAAGCGGGUUCCAGGACCCGGGAGAGGCCGGGCUCAUCCUCACCGGCCGACGAGGUACUGGAGUCCAGCCAGGAGGCUCUCCAUAUAACAGAGCGGCAGUAUUUGAAACGGGACUGGUGCAAAACGCAACCUCUCAAGCAGACCAUCCACGAGGAGGGCUGCAUCAGCCGCACCAUCAUCAACCGCUUCUGCUACGGGCAAUGCAACUCCUUCUACAUCCCCAGACACAUCCGCAAGGAGGAGGGCGCCUUCCAGUCCUGCUCGUUUUGCAAACCGAGGAAGUUCAAACCCGUGACUUUUACCUUAAACUGUCCAGAUCAACAACCUCCUACCAAGAAGAAGCGCAUCCAGCGUGUCAAGCAGUGCCGCUGCAUCUCUAUAGACCUGGACUGAGCAUGGUGCAUUCAGAUGGUGCUGGUAGAGAAAAAGAGCGCCUGUCUCCAUCUGGAGAUAUACAAGGACGUUUUUGAAUAUUCUCCUCUUGCACAAACUAAAAAAACAAACCAACAACUAAAAAUUUAAAAACUCUAUUUAAUCCUUAGUUCCAAAACCCAACUGCACGGAAACGCAAAACUCCAUUAGUGCACUUUUUUUUUUUUUUUUUGCACGGCUUCCUUACUUUACCAACAGCAGCAGCAAUAAUAAGUCUGGACUGAAAAACAAAACAAAAGAAAAAAAACUCUUGCAUCCUCACACCAAUCACUGUUUUUUUCCCCCUAAACCAAUCAUUAACUUAACGCAUUAUGUUUGUAGAACUGGAUGUUUCCACUGUGUGGAGUUUGAUGAAUGGAUAUUUGUAAUGAGAUUGUGAUUAUUUUUUUAUUUCGAUAUUUCAAGAAUCUUUUGAGGUUAACCUAACUGAUUUCUGUGAAUUUCGAAGCUUAUUGGUAAAAUAUUUCACUUUUAUUGUCUGGAGUUUAUUUACUUAGCCUUCAAAGUAAGGGCUCAUUUUUAUAUAUGUAUUAAAUCAUUGUACAGUAUUGGGUUAGUAUUUGAGACUAAAUAGUUUUAAAAUGUAAAGCUGUAUUGAUUUAACCGGUUUGUGUAUUCCUUUUGAUUAAAUUAUCUAUUAAAGCUCAAUAAACUAAUGCUGUUUUAGUUUUGAACUUAUUCUAAUUCUUGUAAAUGACUGUAUCUGCUGAGAAAUUGUUUUACACUCUUAAAAAUGCAUGUAAUAAUAAUGCACUAAUUAAAUGACUGAAUGCAGA